AUGGCUAAACGACGUGCCAGUGAGUCAAACGGAGAUGUGUCGAAAAAACCGAAGGAAGAAGAUUCUGAUUCGGAAGGUGAAGCUGGAAAUCCGGAAGAAACGAUCACAGAAGAAAUGAACAUCAACUAUGAGCCAGAUCAAAUGCGUAUUCUUGUAGACUCAUUUAAUGAGUUUUGUGAGUCAAAUGAAAGUGCUACAGUCAAAAGCCUUGAAAAAUUGGUCACUGAAUGGGCGGAGAAAAGGAAAGCAGAAAACGACUCGUAUAUUGAUAUCACGAUGUUUUGCCAAGAUUAUAGAAGAUAUUUGAAGACUGCGAUGAAAGUAUCGAUUAUGGGAAUCAAUGAUUCGUCAAGAAUCACUUUGAGAUAUUUACAAGAUGAAAAAGCUCUCGUCAAUUUCAAGGAUUUCCCUCAAAAACCUCCGCAAGUAAUCCAAAUAUACAUUAAACGUAAUAAUCUAUCGAAACAGUUGCAUGAAUUGGCCUCUGCUUAUGAAGCAUUCAAAAAUGAAUCGAAAGAAGUUGUUGAAGAAGUCCAAGAAAUUCAUAAACAACAAGAGGUUUAUUUUUUGCUGAUUUUAAAUUAAAUAUAAUUAAUUAAUUACAAAUUUUCAGCGCGAAUACGCUCAAGCUCUUCUCAACUUUCUGACAAUUCAUCCGCAUUUGACCACUAAUCAAAUAACAUCGAUUGAUUCUAGAGCUAAAUCAAUUCUCAAGAGAGUAAGUUCAAUCAAUUUCCAAUAUUUUUUUAAAUAUUAAUUUUCAGAUUGAUAAACCAAGCGGAGCUCGUCGUUCAAAUGCAACAGGAAAAAAGAAAGAUCCAGAAACUGCAUUUUCUCUUUGGGCUAGAACAAAAGCUGAUAAAUACAGAGAUUUAUCCGACGAGGAAAGAGAUGCCAAACUUCACAAAAAGUUCGCAAAGUUGUCAAGUUCCGAAUUGAAACUCUUGGAAGAACUUGCGAUGGCUUCAGGAUAA